AUGUUUCUCGAUCGCUGGAAUAAUGCGUGCUCGCCAACUUCAGGACGCAGGGUCGACGCCUUGCUUGCUCCGGUCAUGGCUCACCCGUCGGUGCCACAUAACUCUUGCCGAUGGGUUGGAUAUACGAAAGUGUGGAAUUUCUUGGAUUACUCGGCUCUCUCGCUCCCCGUUACCACCAUCUCAAAAGAUGUCGAUCAUGCCGAAUCCUAUGAGCCACGGAAUUCUUUGGACGACUGGAACUGGAACCUUUACGACCCGAAUUCAAUGCAUGGACAUCCGAUUGGGUUGCAAGUCAUUGGCCGACGAUUCGAGGAAGAAAAGAUGCUAGCAGUUGCAAAAGUAAUGGAGGAUUUGAACAAUAUCAAGUAG